GCUGCAGGUGGUUCCUGCCCAGAUUUGAACUUCAUUGACAAGUGUUGGGUAAAUUUCUCACAUUACGGAUACUGCUUCUCACUUUCUUGUUCUUCAUGAAGUUGACUGUUGUGACGAGCCUCGAGCAAUCCUUUUCCAGUUAACUAAUUGCUCUUGUUCUUGAACCCAACAGUUUCGAACUGAUAGUCAAAUCCGUCGCCAGCCCCAGUCGAUACUACACUACGCUGCAACUUGAAGCCGGCGGAUAUCGAACACAUAUGUGAAAGGCUGGCGUCAGUCUUCCACUAAACUCUCUAUUAAUAGUUUGGUAAGUAAUUUGUGAUGAACUCUGGCUUCACGUAGUAGACCAUCUUUGUCUGCACGACGCUGCAAAGUGUGCUGCAAGCGGCCUGAUAUUACAGUAGUGCAAGUAAAUAUCCUUGCCUGCAUUCUUCAGGGUUCGCCCACCAUCCGUUCUCCAUCGGUUGAUUGAUUGCAGUUUGCAAAUCGCCGCGUCGUUGUCAUCGAGUCUCCCGUCUACCCGUGACCCAGCAUCGGUAGUCGAAAUUGCAUUGAUGCCAGGUUUCACCACCCAACCUGAUGAGAUCCUAGACCUGCCAUUGGGUUACGUUUCUUACGCCUGUUGGGCUCAAGUGCACUAGCAAGUACCAGGAACAAGGAGAUGUGUGCUUGCAGCAUCAGGGGUCUGUUGUGCUUGGGCUGCUGUCAACUUGAGGUAUGAAGUUCUUUGACUCCAUAUCUACAGCUUAAAGCUGUCUUGCAUUUACUUUUACCACAUAGUCUAUGUUGUUGAGUUGACUUAUACGAGAGGCAAGAACUCGUCACUCAUUUGAACCGCCAUUUUCGGAUAUGAGAGUGAGCUUUUUAACAUUACCUACAAGGCUCAUUGACCAAUCCUUGUGACCCCUACCCAACCCCAGCUGCGCACUCAGCGUCUCAUUCAUCAGCCUGCGUUCUCACCUCAUGCGUAUGCUUGCUCAGUAUCACUCACAUCGAGCGAACAUCAGAGCACCGCGGGACAGUUUAACAAAGCGCUUUCGAAACUGUGUCAACUUUGCUGGCAAGGCCUGCGUCGCUGAAUGUAUGAAAUCAAGACUUUGAUUGGCCUUUGCAACUCCUACCUUGACCUCGCUAGAAAGACUUUCGUGGUUACACAACAGCUAUCGCGCCAAGUUGCGGGACAAGCCAGCCAAUGACUUCCGCUUUAUCAAAGUCAACCCCUCUGCAACGCAUUGAGGAUCAGGGUUGUUAGCUUUUUUGUCUCAUCAAUCUCACUCUUUUCGCCAGGUUCGACAUGCCAGUCUGUCGAACUGGUAAGAGUGAGUUUUUGACAUCCCUUCCACAGCACGUUGCAUCUAGAGCAAGGAUACGGAGUCCAGAUACAGGCUUUGCCUGAACACUUGUCGUCGUUAUUGUCAACUCUAGCAUGGGCACCAACAAGCGCCGAGGUUAGAGAGGACUGGUGAUGAUAGCAAAGGCCACUCGAUGCACGAGGGGCAAGGACUUAACAUCCAUACAGCACUCUAACUAAUUAGCAAGGGCCGCUUUUGUCUUUCUGUUCGAGGAAUUGAGAUCUCGAUACUUUAAUAGCGCAUAUUACUGCAGAGCACAGGACCAACAAGCAACAAGCCCAGAGAUUCUGGCAACGAGUCCGUCUCCGAUCAUCAAGGUUGUUAGCGGAUCCCAGACGAUGCAUCUAACGACGCUCAGGCCGUUAGCAGCACCCCAUGUGGAGCAACUACAGUACGCACUUCCAGCCUACAGUCUCCACGACAUCUGCCUUGUUGCCUUGAAGGGCAGGACAUGCAGAUAAGGCCAGGGGAGACGAUAUUUAUCUUGAUCUUACCUCGAGGGAAAUGUAGCAGAGCAUCGCGAUUUGCUCGAGACGCACAUGUUGCUGCAGGAGACUUGUAUGGAUAGAGUUAAUAUGGCCAGAUCAACUCCAGGGUUCCUUCUCCAGGCAGACGCGAACCUGUUAUAUGUUGAGGGUCCUCCGGAACAUUAAGAACGAAUUCGCACUAGUGAGACAAGGUCUGAUCCAGGAAAGGGCAUGGUACCAGGCAGUUUAUAUCGUUUACAAGCAUAUCACACUGGAGCCAUUGUACACCUGGGAAUGAGAGACAGGAAGUGAAAGCACGACAUUCUUCCACCAGAACCCCGCCAUCUGUUAUGCACAAGACCCGUGGUAACUUCAGGUAGAUAGCAAGACUCAGCCCAGUAUCGUCUAAGUACUUGAGGGACUGAAUAUGAGGCUAAUUCCUGCUUAUCCGACUCCCGAAACCGAGAAAUGUCUACAUGCUUCAGCACCGUGAUUCAACGGAAUCGAAGCUCGGAUAUUGUACAUAUGUUGUUCGCGUUAAACUCGAGUUCGCACCGCAUGAGGCAUUUUCUAUGGUCAGUUUCACGAAACUAUCCAAUAUCAAUGCCGUGCCAUUACCAGUGGUUUGAGUAUCGUAUUGUAUCAGUCAGCUGCUCUAGUCUGCAUCUAAUCAUGAAAGUACGUACCCCUUGACAACAUCUGCCGAUCCCGUACGUGCGUGCGUGCGUGCAUCAGGCGGAACUAAAACCGCCGUAACAAUCUACAGCUUCCGGGGGUGGUCCGAGCGCUCCCGCCGCGGUCCACUCCGGGGCAAAAGGAUAAUAUGAUUGGUCAAGACGGUAAAGCAUCUAAAACAAAUCGCAAACGUCAACACCAAAAAACGACCCAUUUUGAUGAAGCAGGAAUCUUCAUGAAGACUAAUUUAUACCUUGCCAUAUCAUUCAAUAUGUCAGCGUCUAUGAGAGUGCUACCAAGAUCAGCCUUGCGUACUUCGAGGCUGACACAAAGCCUUGCCCGCCGACCCUUCCACUCAUACGAUCACCCACCACCACCAGGAGCAUUUGGCGAUGCUGAAAAGUCCAUCCUCGCUGCGGCUUAUAAACACGUCCCGGAACAUGGUUUCUCACAGAAGGCUCUUGGUUGCGGUGCAAGAGACGCUGGCUACCUUGAUAUUAGCGUGAGCGUCAUCCCCGACGGUGCCUUUGGUCUGAUUCGAUAUCAUCUUAUUACCCAGCGAGAGGCCUUAGCAACUCGAAGCCAAGAACUAUUCCCUGAUCCCAACCAGCCUGGGGUCUCGGCGAGAGUGGAAGCGUUGACGUGGGAGAGACUUAUGGGUAACAAGUUGGUUUUGGAUCGUUGGCAAGAGGCAUUGGCCGUCAUGGCUCAGCCCAGUUACGUCCCCGAAUCCAUAAAGGAGCUGGCAAAACUUUCCGAUGAAAUCUGGUUCCUUGCCGGUGACAAGGCCGUCGACCCUUCGUGGUACACCAAGCGUGCCACCCUCUCUAUGAUAUACAGCACAAGCGAGCUAUUCAUGACCAACGACCGAUCUCCCGAUUUUUUCGAGACAAGGCAAUUCCUUCAGCGAAGACUAGGCGAGGUCGAGUCCGUUGGUGGUAUGGUCGGAUCGUUCGGUCAGUGGGCCGGUUACACACUCAGCGCUGGUGUGAAUAUACUAAGGAGCAAGGGCGUCAGAGUUUAAGGGGACUGGCCAGAAAUGAAGAUAUAGUUGUAGAAUAAUGUAUGAGUCGUGUGUAACAUAUCUAUGAAUAGAGGCCUCAGCAGGCGCAUGUUGUAAUGACAUCUAACGCUGGCGCUAUCUGAGGGCCAAGGAAGGCAUUGCUCGAAUCUGUACAAAAUCCAUUCCGACAAAGUACGCUGGUAUCACUCCUAACAAACUCCACGAUGCGCGAGUGUUUUUGUCUGCC